AUGGGUCAACUCAUAUCUGGCCCAGUAACAUUUAAGGAAACCAAGGUAUGGCGAAAUUCCCAGUUCUCCGUAGCUGCGUCAAGCAUGCAGGGUUGGCGUGUGCGGAUGGAGGACGCCUACGCCUGUUUCCUCGAUCUUUCCACCUCUGAUAUGUCCUCUCCUCCCACCGCCUAUUUCGCUGUUUUUGACGGCCAUGGUGGUAACAAAGUCUCCGAAUACGCUGCUACCAACCUUCAUGCGAAGAUAAUGGCUGAACCGGCUUAUGGUAACAAGAAUUCACGCUCGCAACCGAUGGCAAGAUGUUUCCUUACUAUAAACCUGUUUAAUUUACUUUCAGCUAAAGGCGAUCUAGUUGAAGCGAUGCGGUCGGGAGUUUUGAAGCUUGACGCCGAAAUGCAAGUCAAAUUCACUGGGCACUUGUUUAACUCCGGCACGGCAAAAGCCUCUUUUGAUUCCUCUGAAAUAGAGGUAGAGGGGAGAUUGUCUUUUCCUUCCCCGAGUGAUGGCGUGGACGUCGGAGGCUCCACGUGCAUAGCAUUGAUGCUGCGUGGGAAUCAUGCAUAUUGUGCGAACUGUGGAGACAGUCGCGCGGUGCUUAGCCGGCAGGGUGUGGCUGAACCACUGUCCGUAGACCACAAGCCCACCAUGGCUUCUGAGUGGAGCCGUAUUGUUGCCGCUGGCGGCUGGGUGGCGGCAAAUCGGGUAAACGGCAACCUAGCGCUCUCACGGGCUCUCGGCGACUUUGUGUACAAGCGAAACUCCACCCUCUCCGCUGAGGAACAAAUCGUUUCAGCCGAGCCCGAUAUCACUCAAUGCGAGUUGAAGGUCACCGAGACGGACGAAUUCAUUGUUCUUGGUUGUGAUGGAAUUUGGGAUGUGAUGACCAAUCAGGAGGUCAUCAGCUUUGUCCGUAGCCGCCUAGCCAAUGGUCGUUCUCCUGAUCUUAUCUGCGAGGAGUUGAUGAUGCAUUGCUUGGCGCCCAAUUGCAACCCCAAUGGACUGGGUUGCGACAAUAUGACAGUCGUCAUCAUCUGCUUGCUCAACGGUGGUACCUAUGAGGACCUGAAGCAGCGUUGCUCGCGGCUCUGCCCCGCUGGCCUAGCUGUCGAUGUACUCUCGCCCUAG